UGUGCUUAAUUUUAGAGGCAAAGCAAAUGAUGAUAUUUAUUAUUUAUCUAGUGGGAGCGAAGUACUGGAAUUUUGGAUAAUUUCAGAAACUUAACCGAUGGUGGUUCUGAGCUUUCAGGUUGUCCAGCUAACUCCUCAUCAUCCCCAACCUGUAUCACUGCGUCGUGGAGGAGCGAGAACCAACAUUAUCCGAUGUGGGAUUGCGGAGCCAUCCGGUGAACCUGCUCCCUUCGGCGAAAAGACGAGGUACAACGAUGGCGUUUUCGCGAGGGUGUUCAUGACUCUGUUCGCGCGUAAGAUGGAGAAGUUCGCGAAGCCAGUGAGGAAGGGUGAAGAGAAUAAGAAGAAGGAGGGUUUGUAUGAUUAUGAGAGUUUUGUGGAUGUGUCGAAGAGGGUUAUGCAGAGUAGGUCUCGUGUUCAGCAGCAGCAAGUGGUUCGAGAGGUUCUUCUGUCCAUGCUUCCUCCAGGGGCGCCUGCUCAGUUCAGGAAAUUAUUUCCACCAACUAAAUGGGCUGCAGAGUUUAAUGCUGCAUUGACAGUUCCUUUCUUCCACUGGUUAGUUGGGCCUUCUGAGGUUGUGGAAGUAGAGAUAAAUGGGGUGAAGCAAAAGAGUGGUGUCCAUAUAAAGAAGUGCAGGUACCUGGAGAACAGCGGCUGUGUUGGAAUGUGUGUCAAUAUGUGCAAGACUCCUACCCAAGAUUUUUUCACCAAUGAAUUUGGGCUUCCACUGACAAUGAUUCCUAAUUUUGAAGACAUGAGUUGUGAAAUGGUGUAUGGCCAAGCCCCACCUCCAUUUGAAGAGGACCCAGUCUCCAAACAACCUUGCUAUGCUAAGAUAUGCUCUGUAGUACCACAACCAAGCACCAGUGUGUGUCCUAAACUACAAGGAUGAGUAGACACUUUUUAGGAUUUACAUUUCCAUGACAUAAUUUGAGCCGGUUUGACAACAAAUCAUACAACACUUAUUGGAACUUGGUUCACAUUUUAGUGAAGAAACUCUAAUAAGUGCUUUUUGAUCCGUAUUCAAACGUGGUCUUGGUGUCUGGGUAUAGCUUUCCCUCAUGCCGUCUAGCUUCGGAGGAGGUUUUGUACUAUUCCGCAUGGAAUUAUACUGCCUUUGAAGGCAAGGAUGUUAAAGAUUUAAGUAAAUAAUGUGCAACACAUUUAUUGAUUAUUAUAUCGAAAAAUUUAUAAAUAUGCUAUUGUAGAUACAUGGAUACUGAGUUUUUAAAUGAAGAUUUGUAUAUUAAUUGAAUACUUCAUUUA